CCGGGGCCGCUUCCUGCGGCGGUGUUGUUGGCGGAGGGGCGGUUGAAGUGAGGGGCGCGCGAGGGGCAGAGGCGGCUCCGACGGCGAUCCGGGCCUAGAGGGGAGGGAAGGGAAGGGAGGCAGGGAAAGAUUGAAUGACUACAUAUAAAAGAAAGCAUCCUUCUUGCAACAUACCUUGGGCUUAUAUAGCUGUAGGAGACCAAGAGCCAGUUCUCAACCUGUCUGUGUCACUGGAUCACUCACCAGCUCACAGUGGAUUAAUCUUUUCUCAUCCAAAGCCUAACCAGAGGGGACAAUGAACAUACCAGUUCAUCAGCUCCAUGCAAUUCAAGUAUGGGGUGCUGGUCCCCAAAUCCUACCUGAUGUGCUUGCCCCAUGGAACUUAUUAGCAGGAUCUCCUGGCCAGAUGUUGCCUUCAUCUGCAUGGAUUUCUGAAAGUGAUCCUUCUUAGAAGAUCAGCAUUAGAGAGUCAUGGCCAGUACAAACCCUCUGGAAAACCUUCAGGUAGAAGCCAGCUGCUCUGUCUGUUUGGAGUACUUGAAAGACCCUGUAAUCAUUGACUGUGGUCACAACUUCUGCCGGGUGUGCAUUACCCGAUGGUGGGAGGAUCUGAAUCGGGACUUCCCUUGUCCUGUCUGCCGUAAGACUUCCCGUCACCGCAGUCUAAAGCCCAACCGGCAGCUGGCCAACAUGGUGGAGAUAGCCAAGCAGCUUCAGGUCACAAACAAACGUAAAAUACGGGACGAGAACUUAUGUGAGAAGCACAAUGAAGUGCUCCGUCUCUUUUGCAAGGAGGACCAGAAGGCCGUUUGCUUAGUGUGUGAGAUCUCCCAUGAACAUCGCUCUCACACAGUUGUGUCUCUGGAUGAUGCUUCUCAGGAAUACAAGGAAAAGAUGCAAAAGUGCCUGGAGCCUCUAGAACGAAAGCUGCAGAAGAUCGCCUACUGCAAAUCCCAAGAGGAGAAGAAGGCUGGGGAGCUCAAGAGAAAGGUUGAAGACCGCCGUCAGCUCAUCAUCAGUGAAUUUGAUGAACUGCAUAUGUUCCUGAAAACUGAGCAGGAGGUCCUGAUGAGACGUUUGGAGGAUGAAGAAAAGGAGAUUUUGCAGAAGCUGAAGGAGAACGUAGCAAAGCUGUCUGAGCAACGGGCCACCCUCAACAGUGUCAUCACAGAAACUGAGGAGAAGUGUCUGCAGUCGGGCAUCGAGAUGCUCAAGGGUGUGAAGAGCACACUUGAAAGAUUUCAAGAGGUGCAGGCCCAAGAACCAAGUUCAGUCUCCAUUGAACUGGAAAAGAAUUUCUGCAACUUCCCUAGACAGUACUUCAUCCUGAGGAAGAUCAUUAAGAAGCUAACGGGUGUGUUAAACCAGGGUAAGGAUUCAGUGCUAAGUUUAAUCCAGUUUCUGAUCCAGUUCAAGCCAAGAAGAGUCUUCAUCCUUUUUAAUAGUAACUAAUACCAAUAGAGAGAAGCAUGGUAAUACAUAAUAAUGCUAGAGAUAAGUGUUUCCUCUGGCUCUUACUGAGCCUUUUGACUUUGGUUCUAACAUUGGGAACCUAUUAACAUUGAUAUAUUGUAUAAGUGUAGUAAUUUUCGUCAAAAAAUUGACCCAAAAACUCUGGGUUGACUUAUCCGUGGGUCAAUGUAAGUACUGUAUUUUUAUUGAAAAAAGGAACCAUCCCCUUCUC